AUGUGAAUGUGCUAUAUGAAGAUUGUUUAGGGGUGGUUGAUUUUUACCCCUCAUCUGACACAGCUGUGGUAUAUCUGGCCGAAGCAGACCUAGUUAGAGGAAAUGGCUAUAGAAGAAAGUUGGUAAAACUUCAAAAGGUCAGAUCAGUUCGAGGGGUCAUUCUGACAGAGAAGACGAGUAUCAGUCAGCAAUACUAUACUCCACUACAAAGGUUUGCUGUGCAGGAGCUAGGGCUUAUAGUAGUUCCUGUCAGCAAUCAGGACGAGGCAGCGCACUUCCUCUCACAAUUGGUGAUAGCCGAAGGCAAGAUUAAUGCAAACCCAUUUAGGCGAAAAAAAGCGAGCUGCAACAUCGACACCCAACUGCUAGCAACUAUGCAGUGCAUACCUUGCCUUGGAGAAAUAAAAGCGAGACAACUGCUAGAAAGAUUCCACAGCAUCAAAAGCAUAUGUGAUGCUCCUUUAGAGGAUGUAAUAAAAGUUGUGGGACCGGCUUGUGCUGCCAGAGUCAGGAGCUUCUACACAUCCACGUGACCACCCGAGUAGUGCGUAAACAAUGUACGUUUAGUUAUAUAUUGAGCUAGAAGUGUAUUUUGUAAGAUUUAACACAACUAACUGAGGCAGAGCAUGGUGUCUAAAAGUUAUUAAAUGUUCAAAAGUUUUGCAGUGUGUAGUGUCUAUAGUUGUAACUAUAUGUAUUUUAUCUAUAAAAUAAAUUUUGUUAGCUUAUCU